AUGAAAAGAGCUUCAUCCCAAUCACAUCGCACUCAACCAGUUCCAUUCUCCAAUCCAUUUAAUGCAAAAUCAAACACCCUGCCAGCCGCUUCCAGAUCCUACAUCCCAGCCCAAUCAAACUCUCUCAGUGCGAAUCAUGCUGGUGAGAAUGCAUAUGCGCGUCAUCUUGCCCGAGAAUCACGGAUGACAAAGUCAAAAGAACCCACAAAGGCUAACAAACCAAACACUAGGACAAUCAACUGCUCACUCAUGCUAUACGAAGAUGGAGUCCUUCUGGACAAGAAAGGGCUUUUUUGCACCAAACAGCUUGUCAAUCUCAACGACCCAAGUCUCUACGAUAAUUUGCGCGUCCAACUUUGGAAGGUUUUUGCUCCCGAUAUUGUUGCGCAUACCGAAAUCAAGUCCCUUGCCAUUUCGCCUAUGAGGUAUCUCUUCCUGGGCCAAGGUACUGCUAAGAUACCCAACCAAGAAGUACUGAGCAGUUUAAUCAGUGAGACUUCCUCUCGCAAGAAGCUUGUCCUUGACCUCAUGUAUUUUCAUCCCGGAACCAACGACUCCAGUCCAUCAUCCUCUCAAGACAUGUCCUCAACGAUAAAUCAGACCAAAAAUUCCUACACAGUUACUGAAACACAAUCAAGAAAGCGUAGGAAUACCUCACCAGCAAAAGUCACAAACAGCUCAAAAGCAAUUCACAAGUCGUGGGCUCUUGGCAUCUCAGCUGCCUCCAAGCGAGUCAAAAAUCCGGAAGAGUUGGCAGCACAUCUGGGUCGCCUCAGCAAGCGUGUACUUCAUACAACUGAUCAAACUACUAGCGGUCCAGAUCCUGAGUGGAUAAUUGGAAAUCGCUUAUGUUUCUUCACUGGCCCCCCUCCAACUACCUCAACACCACCAUCCUCUACAUUUCAACUCUCAAAUGGCAUUCAUGUCGCUACCUACCCAAUCACCUAUUGA